AUGAUUGUGGGACUACCGGUUUCAGAAGGCUUUGAUGCCAUACUUACUGUCAUUGACCGAUUCUCAAAAAUGGUCCACUUUAUUCCUACCCAAUCCACGGCGUUGGCUAUUGAUAUUGCCAACCUCUUCAUCACGUAUAUAUGGAAAUUACACGGCCUCCCUAGAAGUACGGUUUCAGACAGAGGUCCUACAUUUAAUGCCAAGUUCAUUCGUCAUCUGUAUAAAAGGUUGGACAUUAAACCCACAUACUCUACAGCCUACCAUCCGCAAACAGAUGGACAGACAGAACGAAUACAAAGGGAGGCUGAAAUCUUUAUCCGUAUGUUCGGAAAUCACCGCCAAUCAGACUGGGUAUCCCUACUUCCUUUGGCCAAAUAUGUUACGCUUAAAUCCCCGAUUCUCUGUAGGUCAAAAACAGAUGAAUCAGUACCCAAUGCAGAUGAACACGCGGAGUUCUUAGAACAAGGCUACGAUGAAGUCAAGGCAGCAUUGUCCCUGUCACAAGAAAGGAUGAAACACUUCUAUGAUCAACAUCACAGAAAAGAAGAAGAAAUUCAAACCCUCAAUGAAACUCAGCCACAAAAAAUUAGGACCCUACUUAGUAAUCAAAAGAAUAGGAUCACACGCAUACAAACUUCAAUUACCCCAACUAUGCGCAUACAUCCUGUGUUCCAUAUCAAUCUUCUUACUAAAUUUCAUCCUGACCCUCAUGGUCGCGACCCUCCCCAACCUGCACCCAUUGUCACAGAAGAAGGAGAGGAGGAAUAUGAGGUUGAAAAAAUCUUGGAUAGUAAAUGGAAAGGACGCGGGAAAACAAGGAAACUUUGGUAUCUGAUUAAGUGGAAGGGAUACGACAAGGGAAGCAAUUCUUGGGAACCAAUCGAUAAUGUGGCCAAUGCCAAGGAAGCAAAAGAAGAGUUCCAUAAGGAGUACCCUGAUGCAGUUGGAGCUUGA